UCACAGGUUUGCAAGAAUUUAAAUGGCACUCUACGUCAAGAAUUAAAAUGGCACUGGCAGAAGGUUCUCAGGAAUAGGAGACCGCCCAACAUCCCAGUUAAGUCCCAAACCUGGAAAUCUGCACUCAUGGAUAACACAGCUGCUAAAGGAGUGGCCCCAGUUAUGUGUGAGGUGUGCGGGACUUACUUCGAGACGCGACGGGGCCUCUCCAGCCACGCCCGUCUCCACCUCCGCCAGCUUGGCGUGGCCGUGUCUGACAACAGUGGGGCUCCCAUCGACCUCCUGUACCAGCUGAUCCAGGACAGGGACGGCUCCAUGCGCCCGCCCAAACCUGUCUUCUCUUCGCCCAAAAAGCCCAAGGAGCCGGGGUCGCUCGCCCCGCGGAAGGACUCCCCCACAGGGGGUAAAGUCAAGGUCGUGACGACCCCGCAGAAGAAUGCACCUCCGGGGACCACGGGACCCACAGCCCGUAAGGGGACGGUUUUAGCCAAGCCUAGGCAGCCCUCCGGGUCGCCGUUCCUCGCCGCGGACAAGACGCCGGCUCCCCCGGCGGUAUCGAGCCUGAGCUCCGCCAAGCCUGCCUGGGCGCCGCAGGAGACCGACGCCCCUCUCACUCUGGCAAUGGACUCUAACGAUGAGGUGCACGUGUGCCAGCUGUGCGGUGCCUGGUACGAGUCCCGCAAAGGCCUCGCCAGCCACUGCCGUGCCCACCUACGCCAGUUCGGCAUCACGGACAACACCGAGGACAAAGGAGGGCCCAUAGAGUUCCUCUACCAGGUCAUGGAAGCGGAAGACCUCAAACCCAUCGCGAGUGAAGGCCUCAACGUCUACAAUCCGUCUGUGUCGUCCCCCUCUACCAAACGUCCCCCGUCCGCCUCGCCCGCUAAACACAGGGGCCUCGUCAAAGGGGACCACCCCUCGUCCCCUCAGCAGCCCGUCAAGCGGCCCAAGCCCUCCGCGUCGGAAGGAUCCGCCCCUCAGGACAGCAGCGUCAUUACCGGCGAUUUUCGCUGCGUGUUGUGCGGCGAGGAGUUUGAGAACCGGAAGGGCCUGGCGAGCCACUCCCGCUCUCACCUGCGGCAGCUCGGCAUCACCGACCUCCUCGGCAAGGCGUCCGCCAUCGACACGGUCCAGCAGCUGGUCAGCAGCGGCGUCCUGGCCGCCGCGGCGUCGGUACGAGCCGGCGCCGCCAAGGUCCCGUCGCCGGCCCCGCCCGGGUCUCCGCCCACGUCCCCAGCUGCCUCCCACCUGAGCCCCCCGAUGUCGAGCCACGUCCAGAACCCCCGGCCCAAGGCCCGGAAGGGCUCGACCCUGGUGCGUCCCAAACCCGAGCCCAUGGAGAUGGAGGUGGAUUUGGAGUUCUCCAGUCCUCUUGAGGGUUACCGCAGCAGUAACGGGCCUCAUCAGAAAGGGUCCAACUCCGGUGGAAAUGCCCAGUCCUGUGGUUCAGGCCAGGAGCUCAUGGUCCCCUGUGAUUUCUGCGGCCAGUCAUUUGAUAGCCGCAAGGCUCUGUCGUGCCACGCCCGCUCCCACCUGCGCCAGCUGGGCGUGACGUGGUCUGUCAACGAGUCACCCAUCACCCUGCUCCAGGACAUCAUGCAGAAGGGGGGCAGUGCCUCCUCCACCGAGGUCAAGAGGGAGACAGCGUCUGGUCAGUCCUCCGCCGGUCCAGCCUGGGCCAAUCAUAGGCAGGUGUCUGAGCCAGCCUGGACCCCCCAGGGCUCCAAGAGGACGUUCACCCCACCACUGGACUAUUCCCUGAAGGACAGGCCCUCUUCUGACCGGAACGGAACCCAGUCUGGUAUGGCAGCAGGCGGCGAGACGUGCUGCGAGCUGUGCGGCUUCGACUUCGAGAACCGCACGGCCCUGGCGAGCCACGCCCGGGCCCACCUCCGGCAGCUGGGCGUUAAAGAGUGGAGGACCGAGGGGGUGAAGGCCUCCCCGAUCGAGAUGCUCACCGCCUGGAUUCAGAGGCAGCCGCGCAAGGCAGCCGAGAUUCACCGGCAGUACCGCGUGGGAGACCUCAACGUCCGGUUUAAGAGAAGUGCCCACUCCGGCUCUCCCUCCGCAGGCUCUGCCCACUCCGGAGCACAGAGGACAGCGGCUCCAGGGCUGCAGCUGGGUCACCGGGCGGGCCGGGAGGCGCCCUGCGCUUCGGCCAGGACGUCCCAGGGUUCGCAGGGGGACCGCCGUUAUGCGGCGGCCGACGCCUCCAUGCCGGGCUCCAGGGGGGACUUGGUCCGCUCCCCUCGAGGUUUGGAGCGCCGGUUUCCGAAGCACGGCGGCCAUGCAGAGGGAGCAGAGGGAGACCGGGGCUCCCAACAGCACUCCCGCUCAGGAAACAUCCCGUCCCUCGUUCCCAGACCUCCCUCCACCCCUCUGGUCAAACAGAUGGGCCGGCAGUACACUCUCAAGUGCAGGUUCUGCGACGCGCUGUUCCUCGGGUCUCAGUCGGUGCAGGAGGACUGGAUCAGACACCUGCAGAAACACAUCCUGGACCUCAGCUUCAACAAGGCGUCACCUCCCCCCACGCCUGCCCCCGACCAGCCCCUGGGCCUCUCCGCCGCGCCCCCUGCCACCGCCCCUGUCCUCCUGGCUCCGGUGGCCGUCUGAACAGAUGCCUCCGCUCCGCGGUUUCCGUACCACCCAGCGGUCCGCCGCCAGGGGUGGCGUGUGCCCGACGGGAAGAGCACCGAUUUCCGGGCUCGGGGGCUUGUGUCUUACCGCAGGAUAAUAACGGUGACGCUUUCAGAGAGGGAUCUUUAACGGACAUGAGGGAAUAAAGAGGGGACCAAUAACCCUCUUGAUGUUUCCUUGCAGGUGCAGCGUUGCCUUUCUGAUUGUGUUAUUUAUUCCGGGUCCAGCCAAUUACUCUGAUGGCGUUGUGGGUGUCCACGGGUUGCCCUAACUCUACAAAGUGGACCAUUUGUAUACAGUAGCACUGACCUCAUGCCCGGGGCUUGUUCCUUAAGAGAGAGGCCGGCGAUGAUCCUGUAGCACUGACUGCAGCUGUAGUGGCCACAUAUAAACUCUAGGGGGCCUGCUUGGGCCAUUUGAAGAGGCAGAGCUGUUUCCACUGUGCUCAGGUCUUGAUUGGUUAAAGCGGAACACAAACAAACAUGUGCUUAUCAGGUCAGUUACAAAUCCCGGUGAUUACAUUCCAUAUCUUUCGUUUUUAUGUUUGUUGUGCGUUAUUGCCAUAGCGACGUGCAUUCAUGGUUAUCUGUAGGACUUUGAAUGGAACUUCAUUCCAUAGAUAGUAAUGUCACUGAAUUAAUGAGGUCAGACCUGUUGGAGCCUUAACUACGUUUCCCAUGUGCCCGGUGUUUUACAGCAGCGUGUAGUAUGGUUCACUUUCAAUUGUGGUCUGAAAUAAAUGUCCCGGUUGUGCCGGAAUUUGUAAUGACUUUUGUAUGGAUCGUGUUAACGUGGAAGUUUUUUGUUUCUGAAGUAAAAAAAAAAAAAUUAAUAAAUCUGUCU